GGCCUACUCCCCUCGAAAGGAUAUCGACGGCUUCAGACACAGAAGAAUCGGCUCAAGAGUCAAGACUGUGUAAAAUGCCUCCAGAUAAGCCAACGGCAUGUAAGAAGCUCUUAAUCUUUGGAGCAACAGGCCUGAUCGGAAAAUAUAUCACGCAAGCGAUCGUCGAAAACAAGGACAAGUUCGAUCGCAUUGCCAUUUUCACCUCGCAUGGGACUGUGCAAACUAAGGCCGACCAAAUCGAUACUCUGAAGAAGCAAGGCAUAGAAGUCAUUAUCGGAGAUGUCACAAACUCUGAGGAUGUAGUCAAGGCCUAUCAGGACAUCGACACAGUUAUCUCGGCUGUGGGCAGAAAUGUCAUCGAGCAACAGGUCGAGCUGGUUCGACUUGCCAAUGAGAGUUCUUCAGUCCAGAGGUUCUUCCCGUCCGAAUACGGGACUGAUAUCGAGUACUCGCCGGCUUCUGCCAAUGAAAUACCGCAUCAGAAGAAGUUGAAAGUCCGAGCGGCGUUGCGGAAGUGCGACAACCUAGAUCAUACCUACGUUGUCACAGGGCCAUACUCGGACCUUUUCUUGAGCAACAAUGAGCGUUUCAAGCAGGCUGGGACAUUUGAUGUCAAGAACAAGGAGGCUGUCCUGGUAGGUGACGAGAAUACCAAGAUCAGCUUCACGACCAUGCGAGAUGUCGGUAAAUUGGUUGUCCAUGCUGCUCUUCAUCCCGAAGCAAGCCGCAACAAGGCGUUGCGAGUGAACUCAUUCACAGCAACCAACAAGGAGAUCCUCAAGGCUUUCGAGACAAAGACUGGUGGCCAACCUUGGAAGGUAUCGUACACCAGCAUAGAGGAGCUGAAGAAGAUGGAGCAUGAAGCAGUGGAGGCUGGGAACCCGUUCGCGACGCUGUUCACGCUGAGAAGAAUAUGGGCAGAAGGCGGUACUCUGUACGAGAAGCGGGACAACUAUCUCAUUGAUGCUGAGGAUGACAUGGACUCCUUGGAAGACGCUGUGAGCGAGGCUGUCAAGGCUCAGACAGGUUGAAGCAAAGGAUCGACUUCUCAGCCGGGUAGAUUUGGUUGUCCGUUCAGAAGCGCAUCAGAAGGUUGGAUAGCUUGUUCCUGUCUGUAGAGUAGUCGAGCGGAAUGAACGACGACUGAUGUGCAUGGUAAAUACUGGACGUGAUGCUUUAAUAAGAGACUUAGUGUAUA